AAUUAAAACCUUCCACCUUCUCUACGAAUAAUUGUUUGGCCGAAAUGAUUUGAUAUUGAGAUGAAAACGGCUGCAUUGGAUCUUUAAUCCUCAAAGAGGUGUCUGGUUAAUACUCUGUCAGCUGUUUUAUUACGUAGUUCCGCCAAUCUCCAAGUCAACUGUAGGCUGAGUGAAGCUGUGGAGAGGAUGGCACUGACCCUAUUCUGCUGUAAUGAAGCAGCUUCCGGGCACAGGGCACCAGCAGUAAACAUGGCGGAGGAGCUGUUGGAAGCGGUGGAGAGACUUCAGUCUCGGCUCUGCGAGAACUUAGAGCCUCGCAAGCUCCAGAAGACCCUCAAAAGGCUGGGGGAGCUGCCUAUGACUGUGGAUAUCCUUGUGGAAACUGGAGUAGGAAAAACUGUGAAUUCGUUCCGGAAACAUGAUCUUGCUGGAGAUCUUGCGAAGAGCCUUGUGGCCAAGUGGAAGAAACUGGUUCCCACCCCGUCUGCUGAAAGACCCGGCAACGCCAAGGACGUACGGACACAUGCGCACCCUCACAGCUCUGAGGGAAGGGACGUAAGCCACAAACGUGUCCGGGAACUAUCCCCAGAGGAGCCUCCUCAUGUAGAGGAGGAGGAUGAAGAGGAGGAGAUGAUGAUAGAAGAGGAAAGAGGCUACCGCACCAACUACUCCCCCUCCCCCCCUCAGCACCACUACAGCCCCCCACAGCUCAGCCACGGUGGCCAACGAGUGGGAUACCAGUCUGAGGGCUACGAGAGCCCCAUGGAGGAAGAGCCAGAGCCCGCGCCCAGCCUCCUUCACAAAGAGGUCCGACACACCAAACCACACAAAGAGCCUGGCAGGGAGCAUCACGGUUCCCACGGCGACCGGGAUGAGGAGAGGCGGCGACGUCAUGUCCAGGCGAGCGGCGGUGGCGAAGGGAAGAAGCGCAGCGCGGAGAGGGAACCGCAGCACACUGGCAAGGCCUCCAAGCACAGUCGCCACUCCACCCCGCACGAGAGCAAGAAGGACAAGAGAGGUGGAAGUGAUGGGAGGUCACGUGAGCCUAGGGACUCCCCUGUAUUAGUCCAAGUGACUGAGGAGCAGGCAGAAGAGGCAUUUGAUACCCCCACCAUGUCGUUUGAAUCCUUCCUCACAUAUGACGCCCCUACGCCCACUAAGAAGAAGAAGAAGCCCGGCAGCAGCAGUCGGCCCUCCUCCCACCACCACACACCUCCUCGUCCGCCUGUCCUUCCCUUGCCUGCUGCUCCUUCCUCCUCCAAGGAGUCCAAGCCCAGCAAGGCCAACGGGAGCCGCAGCAAAAGGGCUGAUCCAGCCCAGAACCCGACAGCAACGACUCCGGUGCCUGAGAAGCGCCGGAAGGUGGUCGAGGUUGUGUCCACGCUUCCUGAUAUCUCUCUGCCGGCCAUCCAGCCUUUCUACAGACCUCUGCCUUCUAUUGAUCUCACACCAUUGUCUCCUCAGCGGCGUAAAGGUCCUGUGUCAAAUGACGCCGAGGAGGACACCGGCUUCACUGGGAGACGCUUUAACUCUAAAAUGACGGUCUACUCGGGUUCAAAGACGUCCUAUCUGCCUAAGAUGAUGAGUCUGUACGAGCAGUGCAUCCGGGUGCUUCAAAACAACAUUGACUCAAUUGAUGAGGUGGGAGGUGUGCCAUUUGAGAUUCUGGAACCAGUACUAGAGCGAUGCACCCCAGAACAGCUUUACCGCAUUGAGCAGUGCAAUCAGUGUUUUAUGGAGGACUCUGAUGAGCUUUGGCAUCGCCACUGCCAGCGGGACUUCAAGCGUGAGACGCCCCAGGAGUACGAGUCGUGGCGGGAGAUGUACCUGCGGAAGCACGACGAGCGGGAGGAGCGCCUUCGCAAGCUCACCCAGAACAUCAGUUCGGCCCAUGCCAACAAGCCCAAAGGUCGACAGGUUAAAAUGGCAUUUGUGAACUCCGUCGCCAAACCUCCGCGUGAUGUCCGCCGGCGACAGGAGAAGUUUGGCACCACAAGCACCUCCACUGCCAGCUCCACCGCAGCUGCAGCUCCGAUCAAAAUAAGGCCAGCCUUGUCGUAUAGCUCUCACUCGGAUGAGCCCAGCCACUCCUCCUCUCACGACAGUCCCCCUGAGACCUCUCGCUCCUCAGGCCCCAGUGGUGGGGGUGGCCCCAGCGCCAGAGACAACAAACCACAGGUCAAAAAAAUCGCCCCCAUGAUGGCCAAAACUAUCAAAGCUUUCAAGAACAGAUUCUCCCGCCGAUAGAGCUAGAGAGAGAUGAAUGUAUGACGUGAUUGAGAAGGGGAGGAAGAGAUUGUAGGAGCUAAGAUCUUUUUAAUUCAAUGAAUUAUGGGUAAUUUACAAAUACCCACCAGACAUGUGCACACACAUACAGUCGUGGCCAAAAGUUUUGAAAAUGAAUAUACAUUUUCAAAGUUUGCUGCUUCAGUGUCUUUAGAUAUUUUUGUCAGAUGUUACUAUGGAAUAGUGAAGUAUAAUUACAAUAAUUUCAUAAGUGUCAAAGGCUUUUAUUGACAAUUACAUGAAGUUGAUGCAAUGAGUCAAUAUUUGCAGUGUUGACCCUUCUUUUUCAAGACCUCUGCAAUCCGCCCUGGCAUGCUGUCAAUUAUCUUCUGGGACACACUGAUGGCAGCCCAUUCUUGCAUAAUCAAUGCUUGGAGUUUGUCAGAAUUUGUGGGGUUUUGUUUGUCCACCCUCUUUAGGAUUGACCACAAGUUCUCAAUGGGAUUAAUAAGGUCUGGGGAGUAUCCUGGCCAUGGACCCAAAAUAUCAACGUUUUGUUCCCCGGGCCACUUAGUUAUCACUUUUACCUUAUGGCAAGGUGCUCCAUCAUGCUGGAAAAGGCAUUGUUCGUCACCAAACUGCUCCUGGAUGGUUGGGAGAAGUUGCUCUCAGAGGAUGUGUUGGUACCAUUCUUUAUUCAUGGCUAUGUUCUUAGGCAAAAUUGUGAGUGAGCCAAUUCCCUUGGUUGAGAAGCAACCCCACAUAUGAAUGGUCUCAGGAUGCUUUACUGUUGGCAUGACACAGGACUGAUGGUAGCGCUUUUCGGGAUGCCCCAAAAAAACAAAAAGGGGAUUCAUCAGAGAAAAUGACUUUGCCUCAGUCCUCAGCAGUCCAAUCCCUGUACCUUUUGCAGAAUAUCAGUCUGUUCCUGAUGUUUUUCCUGGAGAGAAGUGGCUUCUUUGCUGCCUUUCUUGACACCAGGCCAUCAUCCAAAAGUCUUCGCCUCACUGCAUGCAGAUGCACUCACACCUGCCUGCUGCCAUUCCUGAGCAAGCUCUGUACUGGUGGUGCCCUGAUCCCGCAGCUGAAUCAACUUUAGGACACGGUCCUGGCUCUUGCUGGACUUUCUUGGGCGUCCUGAAGCCUUCUUCCAACAAUUGAACUUCUUGAUGAUCCGAUAAAUGGUUGAUUUAGGUGCAAUCUUACUGGUAGCAAUAUCCUUGCCUGUGAAGCCCAUUUUGUGCAAAGCAAUGAUGACGGCACAUGUUUCCUUGCUAGUAACCAUGGUUGACAGAGCAAGAACAAUGAUUCUAAGCACCACCCUCCUUUUGAAGCUAAGGCAGCAGACUUUGUGAAAAAUAAUAUUUGUGUCAUUCUCAAAACUUUGGGCCAUGACUGUACACACACACACACACACACACACACAGAUUUUCUCCAUUAUUUUAGCGUUUCUUAAAUACACACACAAUUAUGUCCUCCAUUUUUAAAUGUUCCCAGAUAGACCCUGGCAAACAAACACACAGACAAAAUAUUUCAAAUGCGAAACUAGUCAUUUGUUACAAGUUCAUACACUACAGAGGAACUCUGACACAGACAGAACUAUGCUUUUAUGGUACGCAUAAGUUAAGACAUCAAAUGACAGUGCUGUUACAGGCAGCAUGUGUUUACGUACAAUUGAAUAGACCCAUUUUAUUCCAGUGCAUCCACACCUUGUUUUCUUACUGUGUUCAGUGUUGAACCACAUGUGCAUCCCUACUUUUAUCUGGUUCACUGUGAUGAGUGAGGAAUGAAGUGAGUGCGGAAAGAGGAAAACACAAAAAGGGAGAAAGAGGAGAGAGGAAGUGAUAGGACCCUGCAGCUUCACUCUUAUGUAUUUAUUUUCAUCUCUGGGACCCCUGGCUCCCCCUGAACCUGGAUCCAAAUGGACGUGGAUGAAAUAGUAAUUUUAAUAGAUUUUAAUAAAUGUUAUAUGGACAUUUUCAAUAAAAUUGAUGUUUUGCCCUCAAAUGUA